AUGGGGGAUGUGAAUCAGUCAGUGGCCUCUGACUUCAUCCUGGUGGGCCUCUUCAGUCACUCAGGGUCUGGUCAGCUCCUCUUCUCCCUGGUGUCCACCAUGGUUAUCAUGGGUCUUCUGGGCAACAUGACUCUGCUUUUCUUGAUGCACAGGGACUCCCGGCUCCACACACCCAUGUACUUUCUGCUCAGCCAGCUCUCUCUGUUUGACGUUGGCUUCCCUCUGGUCACCAUACCCAAGAUGGCAUCAGAUUUUCUGCAGGGAGAAGGCUCCAUCUCCUUCGGGGGUUGUGCUGCUCAAAUAUUCUUCCUGACGCUGAUGGGUGUGGCUGAGGGUGUCCUCUUGGCCCUCAUGUCCUAUGACCGUUACGUAGCUGUGUGCCACCCUCUGCGGUACCCUGUGCUCAUGAGACACCAGGUGUGCCUGCUCAUGGUGGGCUCCUCCUGGCUGGCAGGUGUGCUCAAUGCCUCCGUCCAGACCUCCCUCACCCUGAGCUUCCCGUACUGUGCGUCUCACAUCGUGGACCACUUCUUCUGUGAGGUGCCAGCCCUGCUGAAGCUCUCCUGUGCAGAUACCUCUGCCUACGAGUUGGCGCUGUCCGCCUCGGGGGUGCUGAUCCUCGUGCUCCCCCUUUCCCUCAUUGCCACGUCUUACGGCCUCGUGUUCAGGGCCGUUCUAUGCAUGCGCUCAGAGGAAGCCCGAAACAAGGCCUUCGCCACAUGCUCCUCACACAUCACUGUAGUGGGACUCUUUUAUGGCACAGCCGUGUUCAUGUACAUGGUGCCUGGUGCCUACCACAGUCCACACCUGGACAAUGUCAUCUCCCUCUUCUACAGCGUUGUCACCCCCACACUCAACCCCCUCAUCUACAGUCUGAGGAACAGGGAGGUGCAGAUGGCUUUAGUCAAAAUGGUCAACAGAGUUGGGCUCAGGCCAAAGUGA